UUCCUGGAAUGUAAUAAUAAAUUAAUUUUAUUCUCUUUUCAGAGACAAUUUAAGAUCUAUAAUUGUCCCUGGGUGAAAUAGCUGGUACAGGUUCUACAGUUUUUCAGUGGUGUCAGUGGAGUCAGUGGAAACAGUGGACACAGUGGUAUCAGUGGAGCCAGUGGAGUCAGUGGAGUCAGCUAAGUGUACAUAAAUAUUAAAACGGGAUGAGUAAGUCGUCUUUAUGAAUGAUCUUUACUGCAAACAGCCAAACCUUUCCAAACAAGGAGGAGAAUGUACUGCUAGUGUACUGCUGUACUGCUGCUGAUGACGAGUCAAACUGGAACUUCACCAUCUGGAUGGUUUGAGGGGGAGAGGGGCGGAUGCAUGUAUCCCCCCACAGUAUGGGACAUAAUAAUAAGCCAGGACCAAGCCAUGUACCAAGCUGUUGUAAUUGGGUGUGGUCCUGCUGCUGUUUCCACUGCAGUGGAUCUGUUUAUAUAGACAACGUUGUUGCCCAGUCCCCCACACACAAUACUAGAGUUAUUCUGGAAUACGAAGCAGCAGACGGAGCAAAUCAGAACUUGUACGGGAACCACAUAGAGAAGGAGAAUCUUAUAGACAAAACUGAUCUUAUUUUUAAUAAUAUUGAACUGAAGAGCUACCAGAACCAGAACUAUCUCCAUUCCCACCAGGAAAAUCAAAAACCAGAGGUGUUCAAGGACGAACUCUGUUAUAGAGGUUACAGGGAUAGAUUCGACACUGAUCUAGACAGAGACAGUUACAGUGAUAGAAUGAGUUUAGCUCCCAGUGAAGCCUUUAUGGAAUCAGACCAGAAUGGUCAGCAUCCAGCAUAUCUAGGAACCUAUCAGAGAAUUAGACAUAUGAGUGGACUUAGUGAAGGACACUAUACCGGGGCUUACAGCAACCAGUAUCCAGGUUGCCGAGAUGGGUCAAUCAAUGGUUCUUUUGGAUCACCUGAAACAGGUAGAUACAGUAGAUACAGCACUCUUCAAGAGAGAUACAGAUAUGGGGAUACAGGAGAAAGGCAAAGUUGUUAUGAACUAAGGAGCACUUUGCAAAGAGAAGAAAGAGGAUUAACCCCAAUCCUUCCUCUUCUACAAGGAAGAGAGAGAGAUGAGGAGGAGGAAUCAGCUUAUAAUGAACAUUUCAAGAAUGAGAUUGGCAAGGGUAGAUUAGGAAGACUAGCCAAGAAAAAUUUGGCUAUGAACAUGCAAUUCAAAACUAAGGGGGUGAAGGGGUCCAUUGAUUACAGUGGCACAUGCUCAGGGCAAGCUCAGCCAAAUGGAGAAGGAGAAAAAUCCCCAUUUCUUGGAGAACCAAGAUCAAGCUUACCCUUGGGGAAACCUGGUUCCCUGGUGGAGGGAAAUAAACCUCCUCCUGCACAGAAUGAGGGUCGGCUUGAGCUGCCUGUAGAGGACAGAUUGAAGACGGUUAGUCUGGAGCGGAUGGAUAGAUUACACUUAGAAAUGAACCCACCAAGGGACAGGUGGAACCUGCUGUAUCUAACUGUAGUUCUUCAUGGUAUUGGUACUCUGAUUCCCUGGAAUAUAUUCAUCAAUGCUAAAACACACAAACAAAACCGUGGUGACUGGGUUUUUCUACUUCAAGAUUACUUUGUGAACUACAAGCUUGGUGUGGAGUACAAUCAAGAUACAGCCUACACAUCAUACUUCCUACAGUAUAUUGCUCUAGCUGCUCAUCUCCCCAAUCUUAUCUUCAACUGGCUCAAUGUAUUCUUUCAUUUCGGUGGAUGUAUAACCCCACGAAUAGUCUGGUCUCUCCUUACUGAGAUCCUCGUCAUGAUUGUGACCAUUGUCCUGGCAAUGCUGGACACUACCCAGUACCCCGACACAUUCUUCUAUAUCAGCCUUUUGUCUGUUGUGGUGCUAAAUAUGGCUGGUGGUGUUUACCAGAACACAGUGUUUGGAUUGGCGGCUAAACUACCUCCCAGAUACACUGGAGCUGUGGUGCUAGGUUCGAAUAUCAGCGGCACAAUCGUCGCCUUGAUUAAUGUCGUCUCCAUCUGGAUAUCCCCCAGCGCUCGCACUGCCGCAAUCUACUAUUUCAUUACUGGACUGUUCAUGUUGCUAGCAUGCUUUGAUACAUACUUUGCACUCCCGCUCAAUAGGUUUUACAGAUAUAACGAACUUCUUUUUCAAAAAUGUGUUGAAAAUAAGGAGAAGCCUGUGAUCUACGCCAUCUCAUACUGGACAGUGUUUAAAAAAUGCUUUCCACAAUUACUUAACAUUUUUCUCACAUUUGCAAUCACUCUCUCCCUCUUCCCAGCAGUGCUGUCAGACAUAGAGCGUGUCUACUCUGGGUUCUUUAUACCCCGAGAAUAUUUUGUUUCUGUCACAUGUUUCCUCACCUUCAAUGUAUUUGCUGUGAUUGGAAAUAUUUUACCAUCAUGUAUUCCAGGGCCCUCGAGUAGAAUGCUGCUGGUCUGGGUUCUUCUUAGAAUUCUUUACAUACCUUUCUUCCUACUCUGCAACUACAGGCCUGGUGGAGUGGAAAGACUUUGGCCUGUUUUGUUCUAUUGGGAUUGGAUAUAUUGGUUCGGGAAUAUGACAUUCUCUAUCUCUGGUGGGUUUAUGGCAACCCUUUCUCUCAUGCAUAAUACAAAAAGUGUAGAGCAAGAGUACGCUGGAGUUGCAGGAAUGUUUGGGUCUGCUGCAAUGGGUAGCGGCAUUCUUGCUGGGAUUGGGUUCUCAGCGCUCAUGCCGCAAAUUGUUAGUUCUCCUGCCCUUGAUUGGGAGGAGCCAUGGUUCUGGCCAGCAUAUGACCCAACAAUUUGUGAGUUAAGUGAUCAAGCAGUAAUAUGAAUAUUGUGCAUUAUGGAUCAAGCAUUGUAGGUAAGGGCUCUUUCCCACAAAAAAAAGUUUGGACUGUCUUAAUUUACACUGUAAAAUCCAAGAUUGUAUAUUUUAUUUAAAAUCGCGUAAGUGGGAGAUCAAUUCAGUAUUAUUUAAUAGAAUAUAGCAAAUAUUGAAUUGAGUUGUUUUUUGUUUUGUUUAUCCAAGCAAAUAGAAAUAUUCCCAAUUAUUUAUCAUUUUAAUCAAAAAUUCUUAAUGCAAGGGUAAAUUCAACUUGAAAUUGACUUUUAUUCUGAGCUUGCAGUUUAAAAAUUCGGAAAAAUACGGCUCUGGUCUAAGCUGUUGUUGGGCCUUAAUUAAGGCUUGAGGUUUUGGAUUCGAGCUGCAUCUUAUUUUCCACAGAAUUGAGUUAAAAAAAAACGGUUUAAUAUUUUAUUGGCGGAUUUUCAUGGUAGGAAUUGGCGCAUUCCGAGUUUAUAUGAGAACAACUCUCAAUAUUUAGCCUUAUUCUCCAGUAAAAUCAACCAAGGUUGGUUUUAUUUUCAUUGGACCUAACUCCUUAAGUCGAGCCAAAGAUCUUGCAACUGUCAAUCACCUGACACAAGCUGUUGUCAGAGUUCGGUUGAAGAUUGGGUCUUAAAGUCAGGUCUGAGGAAUUACGGCUUAAGCCGAAGUUUUUAAAUCGCAGGCUCUGCUUUAUUCAAUAGAUUAUUCAAUCAUUAGGAAUGACAAAGCGCCACUUCUGGAUCCGCCACCACAACAACACUUUUUUGCCACCUGGCGGCCGUCAAUGGCAACUAAUUAUUCUUCAAUUUUUAAUAAAUUUGUGUGCUAACCAA